GGGGAGGGGGCGGGGGGGCCGCGCCGCGCGAGCCGUUGGGCCUGGCUCCGCGAAGGCGGUGCCGUUGCCGCUGCCGCCGCCAGGAAAUACAGGGAGAGGGAUCAAGCGCAGCGUGGCGAUGGGCAGGAGUAGAACCCCGCCAGAGGGGCUGGGCGGCCGCCGGUGACAGUUUAACUAGUGAAAAACAAAUUGUGUCCCGUUGCCUGUUCUGAACUUGCUGUCCAUGGACUCCUACUGGAUGCGUGAUUGUGCUUCUGGCUUCUUUCACUCCGUGUAAGGACUGUGCUCUGUCCACCACGCCUCCUGCAUGUCCUGCUGCCCUGAGCUGUCCCGAGCUAGGUGACAGCGUGUCACGCUGCCACCAUGAAUGAGGUGUCUGUCAUCAAAGAAGGCUGGCUCCACAAGCGUGGUGAAUACAUCAAGACCUGGAGGCCCCGGUACUUCCUGCUGAAGAGUGACGGCUCCUUCAUUGGCUAUAAGGAGCGGCCCGAGGCCCCCGACCAGACCCUGCCCCCCUUAAACAACUUCUCCGUAGCAGAAUGCCAGCUGAUGAAGACCGAGAGACCUCGGCCCAACACCUUUGUCAUACGCUGCCUGCAGUGGACCACAGUGAUCGAGAGGACCUUCCAUGUGGACUCCCCGGAUGAGAGGGAGGAGUGGAUGCGGGCCAUCCAGAUGGUUGCCAACAGCCUCAAGCAGCGGGGCGCAGGUGAGGACCCCAUGGACUACAAGUGUGGCUCCCCCAGUGACUCCUCUGCUGCUGAGGAGAUGGAAGUGGCAGUGAGCAAGGCUCGGGCCAAGGUGACCAUGAACGACUUCGACUAUCUCAAGCUCCUGGGCAAGGGCACGUUCGGCAAAGUCAUCCUGGUGCGCGAGAAGGCCACCGGCCGCUACUACGCCAUGAAGAUCCUGCGAAAGGAGGUUAUCAUCGCCAAGGAUGAAGUUGCCCACACGGUCACCGAGAGCCGGGUUCUCCAGAACACCAGGCACCCGUUCCUCACCGCGCUGAAGUACGCCUUCCAGACCCACGACCGCCUGUGCUUCGUGAUGGAGUACGCCAACGGUGGCGAGCUGUUUUUCCACCUGUCUCGGGAGCGCGUCUUCACGGAGGAGCGGGCCCGUUUCUACGGCGCGGAGAUUGUCUCGGCUCUGGAGUACCUUCACUCGAGGGACGUGGUGUACCGCGACAUCAAGCUGGAAAACCUCAUGCUGGACAAAGACGGCCACAUCAAGAUCACGGACUUCGGCCUGUGCAAAGAGGGCAUCAGUGAUGGGGCCACCAUGAAAACCUUCUGUGGGACCCCCGAAUACCUGGCACCCGAGGUGCUGGAGGACAACGACUACGGCCGGGCCGUGGACUGGUGGGGGCUGGGCGUGGUCAUGUACGAGAUGAUGUGCGGCCGCCUGCCCUUCUACAACCAGGACCACGAGCGCCUCUUCGAGCUCAUCCUCAUGGAGGAGAUCCGCUUCCCGCGCACGCUCAGCCCCGAGGCCAAGUCCUUGCUUGCGGGGCUGCUUAAGAAGGACCCAAAGCAGAGGCUCGGCGGGGGGCCCAGCGAUGCCAAGGAGGUCAUGGAGCACAGGUUCUUCCUCACCGUCAACUGGCAGGACGUGGUACAGAAGAAGCUCCUGCCACCCUUCAAACCUCAGGUCACAUCUGAGGUCGACACUCGGUACUUUGACGACGAGUUCACCGCCCAGUCCAUCACAAUCACGCCCCCGGACCGCUAUGACAGCCUGGGCUCGCUCGAACUGGACCAGCGGACCCACUUCCCCCAGUUCUCCUACUCGGCCAGCAUCCGGGAGUGAGCAGUGCUGCCUGCCCACCGCCGCCACAGGACACUCGCACGGCUGCUGUCACUGCCGGGGGGCUUUUUGUUUUUUUUUUUUUAACUUUUUAUUUCGCCUUUUUUGUUUGUGUCCCCAUUCCUCAUCUCCUUACCCCCGUUUCCAGUUUUUUCUUCAGCCCUCUGCCAAACGCACCUCAGCGGUCCCAGCGGCCCUGCCUCCAGAGUCCUGUCCUGCACUCUCCUUUGUGCCCAGACCAGGGUUCGGGAGACUCUCCGCCACCUGCCCCAGGACCACCGGGCCUUUGGGGGGUUGGAGAGAUUCCAGUUUUUAAUCAACCCAAAGCCCAACACAGAGUGAAGGGCGAAGCGUGGAGCCGUGGGGCCUACGUGGAUUUCUGGUCGGGGCGCCCGCAGGCAGCCUGCCCGUGCUGCUGCUUCUGUCAGAGGCUCCCUUCUGGCGGGCCGCCCGGUGGACAGCGCCCUGGUGCUGCCUUCCUUGCCCUGUCGUUAGGCUCCCAGUGGCCUGGCGUGGGGCAGUCCAGCCCCCUUCUCCCAUGGGGGCAGAAAAGCAAUAAUGUCCAGGGACAGGGGGUGAGGGUAGAGGGUAGGGAUGGGCCUUCUGGAAGCUGCGUGCAGGAUGGGGGCUUAGGGCUCCCUCACGUGGGUGGCGCCCCAUCCUUCCUGUGGGGAACUAGGAGGGAUUCUGGGGGGUGGGUGCUGCCUGCUGGGCCUCCCCUGCCACCCGCACCCCCUCAGCUGCUCUCCUGACCCUGUGGAGGCUAGCCUCCCCGCCCACCAGCCCCGUGCCUUACCAGGGCUUCCUUCCAGCCGGCCUUACCUCCUGCUGCACCCCCGGCCUGGCCCUGGCCCCUUUUGAGGCGGGGGGCACGGAUCAUCCCCCUUCUCUCUGUCUGGGGCGGAGGGGCGCCAGCCUCAGCUGUUACACAUCUCGAACCGAGACAGUAUUGGGCCCUGUGGACUUGGGUCAGAGAGGGGGUAGGGCGGGUGUCUGGUACGUACUGGGGUGGGGGCCUCUGAGAAGGGAGGCUCCAGGCCGCCUCCCCACCCCUUCUCUGGGCCCCACAUUCUGCAGCCUUAAGGUGAACCUGUCAGCGCUGUGGGCACUUGGUGUGUGCCUCGGACUGUGUGUGUCUGUGGGUGUCCCUGUGCAUCUGGGAUGCAGGUGCAUGCGUGAGGUGUGUGUGUGUGUGUGUGUGUGUCGGGUAUGCGUGUGUGAGGGCAAGUGUGUCCUGGCCUCCGGUGUCCGUGGUCUGUGUGGCCCGCCCCACCCCCCGGCCCAAGCAUUUCAUCCCGGGGGUGGGGGGGGGACGUGCUGGCCAAGCAGGGGAGCCGUGCCUGAGGUCCACUCGUUGCCCUGUGCCUCCCCUCCCCCCAGCAUCUCUGGGUGUUUGGAGUUUUUGUGGUUUUGCUCUCCCCACCUUGCCUGUAGGCAGUUCACAGAGAGACAUCAUGGGGUGGGGUGGGGCUUGGUUUGGAUGGGUGGGGUUCUUUUUUUUCUUUGUGUGUAUGUCGUUAAUCUGACAGUUCUCCUUCCUCCCCACUGGCCUGUCCUUGUCCCUCGUGUUUGUACGGUACAAGCAAUAAAGACACUUGUUUCAGACCGAG